GACAUUUAAAAGUAUUAUUAUUAUUAUUAUAGAGUAGUGUUGACUACAAAUGAGUGUAAUUUGACUGCAAUUUGAUUAAUAUUAACAUUAAUAGUGUUGUAAUGAAGAGUGGGUUUCGGCGGAUUGAACUGAACAAAAGUGUUUGGGAAGUACCACAACACUAUGACCAGCUGGAACCAGUCGGGUCGGGAGCCUAUGGACAAGUAUGCGCUGCGGUUGAGUCAGGCCGUGGAGUGAAAGUGGCCAUCAAGAAGUUGAACCGUCCGUUUCAGUCGGCCAUUCACGCCAAGAGGACGUAUCGCGAACUCAGACUCUUGAAGCAUAUGAACCACGAAAAUGUGAUAGGACUGUUGGAUGUGUUCACUCCGUCUACAAGUUUGGAUGAGUUCCAAGACGUGUAUUUAGUGAACCAUUUGAUGGGCGCAGACCUGAAUCGUAUAAUAAAGACCCAGAGGUUGAGUGACGACCAUGUUCAGUUUCUGGUUUAUCAAAUACUUAGAGGUCUUAAGUAUAUUCAUUCGGCAGGAAUUAUACACAGAGACCUGAAGCCAAGCAAUAUAGCCGUCAACGAAGACUGUGAGCUCAAGAUAUUGGACUUUGGGUUAGCGCGACAGACAGAGGCAGAGAUGACCGGAUAUGUGGCCACUCGUUGGUAUAGAGCGCCUGAGAUUAUGUUAAAUUGGAUGCACUAUAACUUAACAGUGGACAUUUGGUCCGUGGGUUGCAUUAUGGCUGAACUCAUUACUUCAAGGACUCUCUUUCCUGGAACGGAUCAUAUCGAUCAAUUGCUUCGUAUAAUGAAUUUGUGCGGAACUCCUGACGAAGAAUUCAUGAAGAAGAUCACAUCAGAAGAGGCGCGCAAUUAUAUUCGAUCGCUUCCCAUAAUGAAGAAAAAGAAUUUUAAAGAUAUGUUCAAAGGCGCCAAUCCUGACGCUAUUGAUUUAUUGGAAAAAAUGCUUGAAUUGGAUGCGGAUAAGAGACCGACGGCAGAGGUUGCGUUAGCUCAUCCAUACUUAGCUCAAUAUUAUGAUCCCACAGAUGAGCCCAUUGCUGAUCGUUAUGACGAGUCGUUUGAAGAAAGGGAUCUAUCAGUUAAUGAAUGGAAAAGACUAGUGUACGACGAAAUGAUGAGUUUUACGCCCUCUCCCAUCGCAUAAGCUAUGAAUAUUUGAUAGAGAUUUUUGUUGGCAAAUAAUAAUGUUCUCAAUAACUCUUCAAUCAAACUACAUAUUGGCAGCGCUUUCUUCAAAUCAAUUACUUAUUGAGUAUUCAUUCAUUUUAAAUGCAAUUGUUUUUAUAGAGUUUAAUAUUAUUAUAAACUGUA